AUGCUCGGCCUUUGGAUUGAUGGAGACUGUAGCGAGGGCGAUGAACGCUACUACGCGAUGGAAAAUCACGGCGCCAGACUUCUGCAUUUUUACAGGAAUGAUAUUUAUGAAACAAUCCGCGCUUUCGUCACGGAUAUUAGGAACGCUGGUUUCGUAACCGUCUAUCCAAGCUACGGAUGGUACGAUUACUAUCCCCACGGUCGUCAUCCUCUAAAGUUAGCUACCCUCUAUGACAGAGUGAAAAAUCUGCUACGCGACGAACGAGGUUCUUCGAUUCCUGGUCAAAUUGGACCGGAAACUGGGUACUUUUCGCGCGUUCAACCACCGGACGAUCGGAUUCGGGUUAUCGUGAUGAAUACAAAUUUUUACGUGAGGAAUCACAUUGCGAGUCGUCGUCCAGAUCCAGCCAGACAGUGGAAAUGGCUCAUCGAGCAGCUCGGAGAAUGUCGAAUCGCCGGUCAAAAGGCAUUCAUCGUUAUGUCGGUACCACCGGGCUUUGAUCGAAAAAGCUACAGCGAUGAAAACCCCGACAAAGGGAAAGAAAACCUGCUGGUGUGGAGCAACGGCCACAAUCGACGUUAUUUAAGAAUAAUAAGCAGGUAUCGCGACGUUGUUGCUGCACAAUUUGCCGGACACAGACACGAGGACACAUUUCGUUUGGUGUACAACAGAAAAGGAAAAGCUGUUUCCGCAGUGCUUCUUGCUCCGGCGAUGAGCCCACGCUUCGGCAACUAUCCAGCGAUUAGAAUCUAUAUGUACGACAAGCACAGCGGCAAACUGAUCGACUACGUGCAGUACUACUUCAACUUGACGAAGGCAAACCUGGACGCGGACAUGACGAGACCUGAAAAAUACUGGGAAGUGAGCUACUCGUUUCGUGACUUUUACCGACUUCCAGACGCGACUCCGUCCAGCUUUGAAAAGCUCGUUAAAAAUUUGCAAACCAGCAACGUCGUUUUUGACCGGUAUCACAGCAACGCCGAAGGCCGUGUGAAUCACGAACCAGCCUGUGAUUAUCGCUGCAAAUUGAUUUCGUUGUGCGUCAUAACGAGCCUCGACUUCGGGAGUUUCUCCGAGUGUGUUUCCGGAAAAUUUGCGGCCGACCAAAUUCGCACUCGACAUUCGGUCCGACCCCUUCCGAAACCUCUGCGAGAUCGCCUCUUCGGUCGUUUCAACCCCGCCUCCUCAUCCCCAACCCCGCCAUCUGUUAAUUUUAUGAAUGGGACCGAAGAUACCAGGGUUGCAUUUCGAACGUUCUAA